UUUAUGAGCAGGUUUUUGUUUUACCAGGCCAGUGGCGAGGACUAUUCCGCCCCCCUCCUCAAAAAAAUAUGUUUAAAUUUUCAAACGCAAUGUAGCCGAACGCGUUCUUCUUUUGACAUCCUCCCCACAAGGUGGUCUCACUCUGAAGUUAGUUGCAACAUCUGGACUCUUGCUAUCACUGUGGAACUCCGUCUCGGCUAUCCCACCAAGCAUUGAGUUGGAGCACCCUGGACGUAACUGUCUCCGGGCAAUUUCUCAACACCUGUUUGCAAAGUACAUUUCUUUGGUGGUGGUGGUUGUUAGGAUUGACAUGGGACAUUUCAAUUUGUUGACCGGAAGCACAUCGCUAACUCAUUAAUCUCAACCAUGUGGGAAAUCACGUAGGUUUUCCAGUGCGUCAGUGAGCAGAUAUUGUUGUCUAAUGCUGCUCAUUUAAAUUAAACUGGAGCAGUUCAAUGGUGGUAGAGGGCUGGUCGACGUUUCGGAUCGAGACUGCCUGACCCGCAGACUUCUUGCAGCAGUUUGUCUUUUUGCUCCAGAUUGCAGCAUCUUUUGCCUCUGGAUUUGGCCCAUUCUCACCGGGUCACCAUUAACCAGAAAGCACUGGAGCCAUUCGCUUUCGGUUUCGCAAUGAGCUGGGAAACGCCUGUUUUGUUUUCAGUCAUGUCAGCAAAAAAGGAAGCUUCAAAAUGUCCCUUCCUCUCCCGACCGCAGCUCAUUAGUCAUAAAACCCGGUCCGAGACUGUUGAACUUUCUGUGUGCUGAAACUUCGCAUCCCCUGUCCCAGGCUGUCUCUCCACUCCAAACAUGAAGGCUGACCUGUUGCAGACUAAUGAUGGAACACAUGACAAGCAUACACUAACAAAGGUGAAGAUGUCUGUGAAUAAACAAAAUGAAAACUUGCUUAAGGUUCAGGGCCCCCUGUGCAGCAAGACUGUAAGAUCAAUACCAUAUGUGUUCAUCAGGAGUCUUAUCAUUCUCUGCACAGCAAUAGCAGUUGUUUUAUCAUCCAUUUCUGUGUGCCAUGAUUAUUGGCUGUUUGUAGACAAGAAGAUAUUUGGACUCUGGCAUUUCUGCACUUUAGAACUUGACCUCAAGGCUCAGUGUACAACUGAAAUCAGUGUUGCUGAGAUUGUUGAUUUAUACACUGGCCUAGUUUUCACGAGGAUCACCGCAAGUCUUGCUGUGGUACUAGCAAUAUUUGGUUUGGAGAUGCUAAUCACUUCUCAGCUUUGUCAAGAUGCCUACGCCAGGCGCAAGUGGGCAUUUGGCUCGGGACUGACUUUAUUAUCUUCCUUCAUGACAUCUAUUGGCAUGUUGACCUUUGUCAUUCAGUUACGGAACUUUAUUACGUUCACUGGUUUCAGUUUAGCGUUCUGGUUUGAAGUCAUUGCCACUUGCCUUUUUUACCUCAGCAGUAUUAGUGGUCUUCAAAUUUACAGCAUGACAUCCUCAGCUAAGGAUAGUUUAACAGAUGUAUAAUUAUCCUAAUUUCCUUACUUCUUUAAAAAUAAAUGAGUUCCCAUGUCUGUCAAUGUAAAAUGCGAAUCUAAGUUUUGGCUCGUUCGGUAUCCUUGUGAAAUUAACAGAUCAUUUUGCUUUUUUUUUUACCUACUCUAUUUUGUAUUGUAAUGUGGAGUUUUGUGUUUCAAUAAUUUUGAUACAGAAAUCAGACAAAAAGAAAUUUACUUUCCAGGUGAGGUGUGGGGAAGGUAUGGACUUGCCAAAAUUUUUCCUGAAACACUGCAUAUUUUUUUAAAGCACCCAUUUGUUUGACAGUACUGCAAUAGGGCUAGGCAAGUGGGGACAAAGUAUUAUUAUCUUAAUAUUGAAAUAAUACUUUGAAAAUUUUCAGCACUUCCUUACCUAAAGAAAAUAACUUAGAUUUUUUAAGAAAUCUUGGCUUCAAAAAAACAGCUGCACAGUGCAUUUGAAGACUAGCGUCCUUGAUGAAUUAAUAAUAGCGCUAUGGUUUACUACAUUGUGGUUUUUACCUUCAUGGGAUUUGGAUUUGAAUCCAACGCAGACUUUCUGGAUGAAAGGUUCUUCUUCUUCGACUGCAGGAGCUUUGAGUAAAAUUAAUGUGGAAAGUCUUAAACCAAUCCUUUAGGGGAUAGGUUUACAACAUAAAAUGUCCAUGAGUUGACAUUAAAUUGACUGAAUCACUGAGAAAUUUUGGAAAUGACUGAUGGCUAGGGGAAUUAGAAGAAUGGAUACUGAUGCAGUGCAGGUGCUCCUCUGAAAUUGUGUUGAGGCACAUUGUUGGGAUAGAACAGAGAGAUAUUUUUCCUCUAAAUUUCACUAAACUAUACCUGUCAUCUAAGAGCUUUAAUGCUGAUACUGAACAGAGUCAUUUUAUCAUUCUGUGCUGUCAAUGCAGUGUCUAGUAGUGAGGCAUAGAAGAAAUCACCCCAUAUGAUAGCAAUAUUACGAUCAACAGCUUGCGCCUCAAUGUUCUGAUGAGAUCGUGCCAUGUGGCGCCCUGCCAGCUGUGUAGCACUGCAAAAGUACUAUAAUGAUGCUCAUUUUGCAAAAGAAAAAUGAUAAAUAACUAUAUAAGAAAUCAUGCAGAAUAACACGGAUAAAACUGAAGCAUUGAGUUUAAUGGAAUUAGUUGAAUAAUGUAGUUUGAAACCUACGCAAGACAAAUUUAACAAUAUCUCUAAAUAUAGACUGAACUUGUCAUUAUACAGUAAAAGCAUUUUGUAUUAUUCACACAUUCUUGUAGAUGUUCUUGAUUUGAUCACACACAUUUCAGAAUUAUUGAUACACAAUAUAAAGGAAACUUUAAGCAUGGAAUGGUUAAUAUGAAAAAAAAGACAUUUGGUAAAUUACAUUUCCUGGUUUAUACAGUGCCUAAAAUCUAAACUAAUUCAGCCCAACAUAUCAAAUUUCAGUUUUACACAAUGGUUUUCAAAAAGCAAUAGAUCACAUUCAAAUCUUUUACAAUAAUGCUAUACUCAACAAAUAAAUGCUUCUGUUUCAAAUCGAUCAUUCACAGGAUAUAUUGAGAUCUUUCUCGUAGGGUAGUGGGGAACUAUAAUGUCAUGAACCAAAUAUCUAAAUGUUAUGCAUUUAUAAACUCAUUUUGGUUUGAAUGGCUUGAGUGUUUUAUAAUGUUAUUACUUUUGCAAAGGGGAGAGGUGUCUUUUGAGAAAAACUUAGUGUCAUUCAGACAAGUUUUAGCAAUUUUAUCAGAUAUACUAAGCAAGGCCAAGCCAAUUUAAGAGUGCUUUGCGAUCUACUUUCUGUCAUCAAUUUAUUUUAAAAUUAAAAUGACAUUGUAACCUAAUAUAAAAUGAUCUGACCAUACCCCGUCUAGCUAGGGUUAAUUAUCAUCUAUACUGAAUUAAGAUGCAUAUAUUAAAUUACUUCUUUGUAUUAGUAGCAUUUUGUGAAUGAUUUGUAAAUCUGCAAUGUUGUUCCAUGUUCACAUUUUUCCCUCCAGUAUUGUAGGUUUGUUGUAAAAUUUUUUCUCUGAAUAUAAAUUUUAAAAUUAUGCUGCUGAACUUAGAUGUGUUGUUUGCCCUCUUCCCAGAUUCUGUUAAGAUUCAAGCUGAUAAAACCUGAACAACAAAACACUGAUUUCAAUUAUGUUAUAAGUGCUGUAUUAUCAGUUUUGAAUAUAGUCAUUUGUCAGUACUGAAAGAAAUCACUAGGCUCUCUGUAAUGUUUAAUUCUGUUCAUUAAAAUGCAUAUUAAAAUGCCUUUCAUAUGUCAUGUCAGCAUGGUUGUGCAACCACUUCUCAGACUAAUGGAUAUUAGACUAUAGAUAUAAUUUCAGAGUUUAUUUUGAACAAGAACCUGUUAGCAGAUUCCAUUUUAUUGUGUCAUAAUAUGCUGAAGCAGGGCUAUUUAGACAUUUCCAGUGUUUAGACCAACUGUUACACAUUUUGCUUUUAAAUAUUUAAUUCAGUAGUGAGAUAACUGGGGGAUCUGGGGCCUAAGUGAUCCGGAAAAUAAGCUGCAUAUCUCCUUAAAAAAGCAAAUUGAAGGAAUGUGAAAUAAACAGUGCAAGGUCUGUGAAAGAAAUUAAAAUGAGUGAAUUUAGUGUCAAACCAAGAAAAGGAAUAAAGGGUUGGGGGUGGGAGUGGUGGAGAGUAAAGAUUGAAUCUGGAGUACAGAGGAAAAAAUUCAUUAAAAGAAUGUACAUUCUUAAAAAUUUCCCUCAAUAAUUCAUACCCAAAGAAAUGAAACUGCACCUUCUUUUAAUAGUUUUCAGUCUUAAUGAGAUUGUUUGAUGGUAAUUAACAUUUAUUGUUAUUAAAAAGAGACUUAAACUGAAAUAGACUAGAUUUUGUGCAGUGAGUUUAGUUCACUUUACCACAGAAAUACACCACACCGCUCAAUGAAUGUUGAGACAGAUUACAAGAUGCCAAUUUUAUAAAGCUACCAGUGGAGUGUCAUAUCUCAGAAACAACUAACUUGAAAUUGCUGAAUGUGCAUAAAUGAUAGAAAGUGAUAUGAGCUUUCCUGCUAUUUAUUGAGAUCUGUUCAUUUAAAUUGGAAGCAGAAUGUAUUUUUUGUUUAGCCUAAGUAGGAUCCCUUUUGAUUUUUGUAUAUUUUCAAGCAUUUGAUA